ACUGGCACAGGAAGUCGACUCUGGGCGGGAUGUCAGUCAAAAUUCCAGGGCCUAACGUCGUCUCCCAGACUAGAUCAUUUCCAGUUCGAUAUCAGAGCCAGACGGAGAACAAAAGUUCGAAUUCGAAAUCGCCUCGGAAUUGGAAUUGAAAUUGAAAUCGAAGUUGGGAGACAUUUUGUGAAAUUCUUGGCCGCUUGAUUGAUGCCCUUUUUCGUUGGAGAUCCUGGAAAAAAUGUCGCACGAAUCGAAGGCGGAGGAUUCCUCCCUGGAAGACUCAAUCCCAGAUGCGGAAAUGGAUCGGCUACUCCACCAAGUGAUCACACUGGAUGAUAACGACUUCGACGAGAUGGAGCCACUGGCCUACUCUGCCACUCCGGCCGCCCAAACCAGCCAGGCCACCCAGACCACUCCGACCACUCCGACCACCCCGACCACCCCGACCACCGAUACCGAAACCGAAACCGAAACCCAGGAAGCUGCGCCGGCCUCCCCCACCCAGCCCGCUCCCAGCAAGCCGGCGAAGCCCACCGUGAUAAUGGUGGAGGAGCCCGGCACUAUAAUCGAACUGGUGGACCUGUACGUGCCGCCCCCGCCGCCCAUCUUCCUGCAGCCCAGCCAGCUCUUCUUCAUGCGCCAGCCGCCGCCGCCGCCCGUCCGCCUGCUGCCCGGCCGCCAGCCCCCGGCGCCGGGCCCCUUCCACCUCCACCACCAGGCCAACGGGCAGCUGUGGUGCCAGGUGGGUGGCCAGCCGCCCACCAUCGUCUACUCGAAUGCGACAGCCGGACAGUCUCCGCCGGACACCUCGGCCCGGGGCCAGGCGGCCACCCGUGGCCGGAAGCGUGGCCGGAAGCCGGCCGCCAAUCGCGGUGGCAGGGGCGGGGGCCGUGGGGGAGGCGGGAGCGGGAGCGGAGGUCGCGGCGGGAAGAGACAGCGCCGGUUGCCGAGUCCGCCACCACCGCCACUGCCGCCGCCGCCGAACUUCUUGGAGAACUUUAUAAAUCCGCUGGAGAACGACAUCUAUCCGAGGGUAAUUGUCCAGCCCGCCAACCAGCCCUGGGUGAUACCCAAGAACCUCAACGAGGAGCCACCGCCGCCAGAGCCCCGACCCCCCAAGCUGUCGCCCCGCAAGACGCCGGUCAUGCCGAAACUGCAGCCCGUCAAGUUCAGCACCCCGGCAGGCACCAGCAUGGGCGGGGUGCCCGUGGGACCGCCGCCGGCCAACGCCUCGCCCUCGGCCGCCCAGCUCUGGCAGAACCUGAAGCUCUUCGGCCCCAACGUGACCAUCAGCAAGCUGGCCGGUCCGGGAGCGAAUCGAUUCCUGGCGGUGAUGCGGCAGCCGAACGGCCAGCAGCGCCAGAUGGUCUUCACCGCCGAGCAGCUGAACGCGUUCCGGAACAUGGUGCGCCUCCAGCCCGGCCCCGGACAGUCGCGCCCCAAUCCGACACGUCCGCGCCCCAAUCCUCCUCCUCCUCCUCCUGCGCAGAGGCCGGCUCCGAACCCAAUACCGAUGACCACAGGGACCAGAGUGGAGAGUGUGCCGGGGCAGAGGGCGCCGCUCCUCCAGAUGCAACAGUCGAGAGGGCCGCCGACCCAGCCACCGGCCUAUGCCUAUAGAUAUUCCGAACCACCCCUGGCCAUGGCACCACCCCCUCCCCCUGCCCCUGCCCCUGCCCCUGCCUCUCUCCCUCUCCCCAACCCGAAACCAUUCCCCUUCAAUUGUCAAGAGAAACCGGCUCCGACCCAUCCAGUGCACCCAGCUGGGCCAGGACCUGCUCCUGCCACUGCCACUGCAACUGCAACUGAAACUGAAACUGGACCUGCUCCAGAACCUGAACCCAAACCGGAACCUAAGCCUGAUCCUCCGCCGCAGCCUGUGCCGGAACCCGUUCGCUACUGCCCAUCAUCCCCGACCUACAGACUGCCCAGCAACAUAGCAGUGACCCCGGCCGUGCCCGCGAUCCUCAAUCACAAGUCCCAACUGAAGCUGCUCAACACCCUGCAGAUCCAGCGGGCCAAGGCCAGGGCCCGGGCGGCCAAGGAGGCCCAGGAGGCUCAGGAGGCCAGAGAGGCGGCCAUGGCGGCGGCGGCAGCGGCCCGCGAAAAAGAGCUCGAACGUGCACGGGAGCGGGAGCGCGAACUGGAGAGGGAACGGGCGCUGAACGCCGCCCUCGAGGCCCAGGCCGCCCAAGACCCCCAGACCACCGCCCAGGCCUACAGGAAUAGUCUGCUGGCUCCCAGGACCCGGGACAUCAAAAAGCACGAUCCCCCGCAGUAGGCACAGUAGUUAUUUCAAAAGCAAGUCCAAGGAGAGGCAGCCCCCUUCAUGGUAGUCUGGAAGUGGAGUCUACUUUAAAAGGUUAUGGGGUUUGUAGAUCAAUAAACAAUGAAUACUUCCAGCA